AUGUAUGUCGAUGAUAUCACCUUUGGAGCUAACAGCAUGCCUGAAGCUUUAAAACUCAAAACUGAAAUCAAUGAUAUUCUAGAGAAUGGUUGUUUCGAGCUGAGAAAGUGGCGAAGUAAUUGUUCCCAGCUAUUGAAUGAUUCUGGACACAGCAAAUUGAACGAUAAACAUUUCAUUAAAGAUAAUUCUGAAAUAAAGACUUUGGGUUUGGUUUGGGAUUCGCAAGAAGACGUAUUGAAGUUCUCAAUCAACUUACAUCUGAACUCGAAUAAUAAAGUAACUAAAAGAAUGGCACUAUCAUUGAUUUCUAGAAUCUUUGACCCCUUGGGCAUAGUUGGUCCGAUAACUGUUAAGGCUAAACUUUUUAUGCAGGGUUUGUGGUCGUUGAGCUUGGCUUGGGAUGAUCCUUUACCGGGAACAAUGCAAAACGAAUUUGCUGAACUCACUGAAGAUUUAAAACAAAUCAGCAGCAUUGCUAUUCCUCGCAACACGAUUGCUGAAAAUUGUACUCUUUUAGAGAUUCAUGGAUUUUGUGAUGCUAGUUUAAAGGCGUAUGGUGCUGCGAUUUAUUUACGUUCUAAGGAUCACUCAGAUAACGUCAAAAUGGAGUUACUCUGUUCAAAAUCAAGAGUUGCACCUUUAAAAAAAUGUACGCUUCCCAGACUUGAGUUGUGUGGGGCUGUGUUACUUGCUACUUUGGUCAAGGUCGUUUCUGAAGAAUUGUCUUCUCGAGUUGCUAGAAUAUGCUUGUGGACUGAUUCCUCAAUUGUUGUCUAUUGGAUAAGAUCUGAUUAUAAGAAAUUCAAACCUUUUGUUGCAAAUAGAAUUCAAAGAAUUCAAUCACUUACAAAGUGUGAAAUGUGGAAUCAUAUUGCAGGUACUGAUAACCCUGCUGAUAUUCUUUCUCGAGGUGCCUCAGCACCAAAUUUAAAGCUUUCUACCUGGUUUACUGGUCCUCAUUGGUUUAAAAUGAAUGAGCUAAAUUGGCCAAAUACUGCAAUGAAGAUAUCUGAUGACAAUGAGUUGUGUGAAGUAAAAAGGAUAUCGAUGAUAUCGCUUUUAUGUUCCGACAGUAGGUUUGAUGAAUCAAUAAAGGUAAACGCACCUUCUUUAACUGCUGAUGAGGUUACUGAUGCAUUUGAUGUUGUUUUGAAGUUGAUCCAGUGGGGCGAUUUUCGCCAGGAGAUAGAGUGUUUAACGAAAUAUGGUACGAUUAAUAAAAGAAGUAAGAUUUUGGGACUGGAUCCAUUUUUGGACAGGCAUGGACUUUUAAGAGUGGGGGGACGCUUAAGAAACUCAAGGUACACUUUUGACAAAAGACAUCCAAUCAUUUUGCCGAAGAGUCAUUUUGUAACAAGGCUGAUAAUAAAGGCUGAACAUCUGAAGUACAUGCAUUUAGGAGCACAGGGGUUAUUAGCUAGUCUACGAGAAAAAUACUGGCCUGUGUCUGGUUUGGCAACUGUCAAGGGAGUGCUCAGGAAUUGUCACGUGUGCUUUAAAUUCAAUCCCGGAAGAGAGUUUAGCUUGAAAAUGGCGGAUUUGCCCUACGAACGAAUAAAAGAUUCUAGACCGUUUAAAUUUGUAAAUGUCGAUUUUGCCGGACCUUUUGUUAUAAAGGAGUCGAAAUUUAGAAACAAAAGAUUGAUUAAGUGUUACGUUGCUGUAUUUGUGUGCUCUUCUUCUAAGGCUGUUCAUCUGGAGCUGGUCAGCGAUUUAACGUCUGAGAUGUUUUUGAACUGUUUUAAACGAUUUGUGGGUAGACGUGGUGUUCCUGCUAGCGUAUAUUCUGAUAAUGCCACGAAUUUUGUUGCAGCUAAUAAGGAUUUGCAAUCAUUUUUUAAUCGGAGUAAAGAUUGGUCAGAAGAUGUACAAGACUAUUUAAUGGAGAACAAUGUAAAGUGGCGAUUCAUGCCUGCACGUACUCCUCACUUCGGUGGAUUACAUGAAAGUGCAGUAAAAUCCAUGAAAAAUCAUUUAAAAAAGAUACUAUCUGCUAGUUUAACAAUAGAAGCUAUGACAACUGUUCUGUGCCAAAUAGAAUCAAUUUUGAACUCCCGUCCUUUAUACCCAAUGUCCAAUGAUCCUAAUGACCUGUCAGCACUCACACCGGGACAUUUCCUCAUUGGAGAAUCACUUACUGCUUUACCACAAUCUGCGGAACCUCAACCUCCAAAAAGUGCUCUAAACAUUUUUAAGUUAUUACAACACCAAAUCCAAAUGUUUUGGAAAAUCUGCUCUAAGGAGUACCUGUGCACAUUGCAAACGCGAGCUAAAUGGAAGAAGAAUGGAAAUAAUGCUAACCAAAGGGUUCGAUGUGGGAAUUUAGUACUCUUGAGAGAGGAAAACGUUCUUCCACAGUGUUGGCGACUAGGACGCAUCCAUGAAUUACAUCCUGGAAAAGAUGGUGCCAUUCGAGUUGUCUCUGUUAAGACAUCGAAUGGAAUUGUAACAAGAGGGAUUGGAAAGGUAUGUCCACUUCCCCCGGAGCAGCAACCUUUCGCGCCCCUGGAGGAUGGAGAAAUCUGCAACGAAAUACCACCAAUUGGAAAUCUGUAA